GGCCGCCAGUGUCUCCCACCUGCCUUCCUGUUCCCGUGGGGGUGCGGGGUAGCACAUGGUCUCAGCCCAACGUGCGAUCGGUUUGAGGAGUAAAUGUGAAAAUUGGCGAUUUCUGAUUGAGCUCUCGAUUCUGGUUGCCACAGUGUUUUAACAUGCUGCUUAGGAGCAAGUUAUUCAGAGUUAAUUCUCAUGUCAGCAGGAAGCUCGACCGUCACAGUUCGUCUUGUCCGCUCUUUUGAGCACCGCAAUUUCAGGCCCGUGGUGUACCAUGGAGUUCCCCUGGAUCAGACAGUGAAGGACUUCAUGGCUUUUGUGCGGAAGGAUGUGUCUUCAAGAGCAGGACUUCCUCCUCCUUUUAAAAAUUACAAGUAUGAUACAAUGAAGAUUAUUCACCAAGCACACAAAUCUAAGACUGGUGAGCUUGUAGUGAGUUUGGAAGAUGAUGACAAACUGAUUUUGAAGGAAGACAGCACACUGAAAGCAGCUGGAGUAGCAAAUGAGACGGAAUUAGCAUUCUUCUGUGAGGAAGAUUACAGGAACUACAGAGCUAAUCCUGUUUCGGCCUGGUGAAGAUCCCAAGAGAUUGUUUUGUUUUCCCAUACCUGUUGUAAAUUUUCCUUAUUCUGCUUAAUGAGAUUUUUCUUAAAGAUCAAUAAAUCCUAGAGGAUUUCUUUGCAAA